GAGAAUAACAGUAAAAAUGGGGUGAAGCAGAAGAAGGGUAUCUGGAUGAGACCAGUUAGUGUGGUGCAGCAGACGACACACGCGGCCCCUAGCACCUUCACCUGCCAUCACUCAUCACCUGUUAUUACAGAGAAGAUGAGCCACAUUAACAUUGAUGAGCCUCGGUGGGACCAGAGCACCUAUGAGGGUCGUGCCAAACACUUCUUAACCAUUACCAAUCCUCUUAACCUGUUGUGUACUUCAGGUCAGCUAGAAAAUGCCAAAGAUGUUGUGAGUCGAUACAGGAAAGGUGAAGAACUGGGUUUAUCAGAAGAUGAAAUUUGGAAAGCAAAAAGCAUUUAUGAUUCUGCUUUUCACCCGGACACUGGGGAGAAGAUGAUGCUGAUUGGACGCAUGUCUGCACAAGUGCCUAUGAACAUGACCAUCACUGGCUGCAUGUUGACUUUCUACAAGACAACUCCAGCAGUUGUGUUCUGGCAGUGGAUCAAUCAGUCAUUCAAUGCCGUUGUUAACUACACAAACCGCUCUGGAGACUCACCCAUAAGCGUUCAGCAGCUUGGUACAUCUUAUGUAAUGGCAACUAGUGGAGCUCUGGUCACUGCUCUGGGUCUUAACAGUUUAGUCAAGUCAUUGCCUUCUCUUAUUGGACGAUUAGUGCCCUUUGCAGCUGUUGCAUCAGCCAACUGCGUUAACAUUCCCAUGAUGAGAAUGAAAGAAUGGCGUGAAACGGGUGUGGUACUUCUGGACCAGGAUAACAACCCUGUGGGGAACAGUAAGAAGGCAGCACUACAGGGGGUGGUCAUGGUUGCCCUCUCUCGGAUCCUCAUGGCCGUCCCCAGCUGUGUGCUCCCACCUAUCGUCAUGAAUAUACUUGAAAAGCGUGGUACAUUACGACGAUUACCAUGGCUAUCUGCCCCAUUGCAAGUGGGUCUGUGCGGUGUGUGCCUCACAUUUGCCACUCCAGCUUGCUGUGCACUCUUCCCUCAAAAGUCAUCCAUUGCAGUAUCUUCCUUAGAGCCAGAAGUGCGAGACAAGAUCCGGCAGCUGCCUGAUGCACCAGAGGUUGUGUAUUACAAUAAAGGGUUAUAGAAGCAUCUUUUUUUUCAUUUUGCUGGGAAUAUCAAGAAUACCAGCUCAGGUGCAUGCAUAAUGAAGUGGACAUAUGAUGAUAUACUGAAGUUCAUUGAAAUGUAUCGAGAGGACCUGGUACAGUAUUGUGGGAACCCUAAGAUACAUUCUACAAGAUUACAAGAAGAAAGAACGAUACCUGGGAAUAAAUCAUUUGCAGAAUUAUUUCAUGUUGAUGUUGCAGAAAUUAAGGAGAAAGUGAACUUUAUUGGCCUCAUACAGAAGAGAAUGGACACUUCACAGGUAAAUAGGUUCUGUAAUUAUGUUCUGAAAAUACAGGUUGACCAUCUCAAAUCCGGAUUGAUUGGGACCUGAGCAGUGCCGGAUUAGUGAUUUUGCCGAACCACAGAUGGUUAGGUUAGGAUUAAAUAAAUAAACACCUCUAACCCACUUCAUAACCACCUCACCCUACUUUUAAAAUACUCUGUAAAUAGUACAAGUUGGAUA